GAGAAGAGUCCACAAGUCAGAGGAGAGCAGCCACAUCUCCUGAACAACCGCUCCCCUCAGAGCUUCACUCCAGCUCCUGUUCUACACAGGCUUACAACGCCACAGCUGGAUAAGAAGACAAGGGAGUCAACAACGGCAACCACCACCAACUCCUCUAAGAGAUUUCUGAAAACUUUCAGGAUGCUGUUCUCCAGGGCUUUUGCCUGCCUCUCCUUGGUCCUUAUACUUGGUGUAGGGGAUUCUUCGCCUCAACACAACCCCCAGGUAGCCCAAAUGGUCACAGACUUCGGGAUGAAGGUAUUUCGGGAAGUAGUCCAAACCUCCGGGGAUGGCAAUGUGGUCUUCUCACCCUAUGGAGUAGCUUCAGUGCUGACUAUGCUGCAACUGACAAGUGGAGGGAACACCAGGGAGCAGAUCCAAGCUGCAAUGGAAUACAGCAUUGAAGAGAAAGGUCUGGCCCCUGCUCUCCGAAAGCUCUACAAGGAGCUAAUGGCACCUUGGAACAAAGAUGAAUUCAGUACAGCCAAUGCCAUCUUCAUCCAGCGUGAUUUGGAACUUGUCCAGGGCUUUAUGCCCUACUUCUUCAAAGUAUUCCGCAGCAUGGUCAAACAGGUGGACUUCACUGAGGGAGAGAGGGCCCGGUUCAUUGUGAAUGACUGGGUACAGAAGCACACAAAAGGCAUGAUCAGCAACCUGCUGGGAGAGGGAGCUGUGGACCAAUUGACCAAAAUGGUAUUGGUCAAUGCACUCUACUUCAAAGGCCAGUGGAAGCUACCUUUUCCAAGCAAGGGCACCCACCAUCGCCUCUUCCACAAAUCUGAUGGAAGUACUGCCUCCGUGCUCAUGAUGGCCCAGACCAACAAGUUCAGUUGCACUGAGUUCUUGACCCCCAGUGGGCACUACUAUGACAUUGUGGAACUGCCCUAUCAUGGUGACACCCUCAGUAUGUUCAUUGCUGCCCCCUAUGAAAAAGAGGUACCCCUCUCUGCCCUCACCAGCAUCUUAGAUGCCCAGCUCAUCAGUCAAUGGAAGGGCAAUAUGACCAAACUACCCCGUCUCCUGGUUCUGCCCAAGUUUUCUCUGGAGAGUGAAGCUGACCUGAAAAGGCCUCUGGAGAACUUGGGGAUGAAGGACAUGUUCAGGCCAGGCCUAGCAGAUUUCACAAGACUUUCUGACCAAGAAAUACUCUAUGUGUCCCAGGCCUUACAAAAGGUGAAGAUUGAGGUGAAUGAGAGUGGUACUGUGGCAUCCUCAACCACUGCCAUUGUUGUCUCUGCUCGAAUGGCUCCCCAGGAGAUCAUCAUGGACAGGCCCUUCCUCUUUGUGGUCAGGCACAAUCCCACAGGAACAAUCCUUUUCAUGGGACAAGUGAUGGAACCCUAAGAGAUCAAAUCUUCCCUUUGGGAAAAGGAGUGCUCAUUUGGAACAAACUAAAAAGUGACAUACACAAGAAAGACCCCCUGAAGAAAUAAUUUUUUUUUGCAUUUCUCUUUCUAGAAAAAGACCAAACAAAACAAAACAACCACUUUUCCCUUUUAAAAUCUCACCCUCAGGUCUUGGCCUCUCACACCCAGGCUCUAUGAGUAUCCUUUCCUCCCAUAAUGGGGGAGACAGACAGUGAGGCGGUUUCCAAGAGGGCCCGAAGCCAGAUUGUUAAGACUUGCAGGAUCAUUCAGAUACCUGCUUCUGUUUGGUCAACCCCCUGCCCCCCCCCCGGUUUCCCCUAAGACCCUGAGAAGGAAAAAAAUAAGACUGCUGGGAGCUUUAGUGUACUUGGUAGAAGCUAUCUGCUUCCCAGUCAUGUUGCCUUCAUUCUUGUACUGUCUGCCACUGCUGAAGAGGCUGGCACCAGACCAGAGCAGGUAGAAAGAACAUCCUUUAAUCCUGUUCUAACUGGAUAUUGACUGUCAUCCCCUUCAAAAAGAGGACUUCUAAGGAUGGGCAAAAAACUCCCUAGUGGCACCAGGACUCACUUUGGCACAGCACCUUCCCUAGAAAACAGGAUGCAAAGAUUAUUUUGGACCCUAAGCGAUGUGCUUACUCAGAGAAGCCAAUCUUUUGCUCCUCUCACCCUUUUUGUUUUGGGGAAGGAGAGAAAGAAGAGCCAGCUAAAUAUGAGUGGAUUUUCUCCAAUUUUAUUUGCUGGGAACAGGAGAAGCAUUAACAUAGCAUGUGUGAAUAUUGUUAUGUUUACUUAAACCGUGUGUGUGUGUGUGUGUGUGUGUGUGUGUGUGUGUGUGUGACAGAGUGAGAUAUCAAGGGAGAUUUAAUAUAUUCAUGUAUUAUUAUUGUUAUUUUGCACUUAUUCUGCUUCUAUGUAGGAGAGAAUAUCAAUGAGGCUCCAUAGCCCUGGCAUAAUUUAAUGAGCUCAUUAGGAAAAAAAAA